GAAAGAGAAAAGCAUACAUUCCCUCAUACAAACACACACAUGCACACAUCUCACACCAGUGCGCUCCAUCCAGGCAAGAGACUCCUGAAUUUUACACCUGUGAGGAAAGAUUGGGAGAGCGAAGGGGAAGUACUUUCUAUAAGGAUUUGCACGGAUCAUAGACCCCAAGCAAUGUUCUUUUACCAAGUUUCACAUGCUGCUCAGUGGAUUUGAUAAUUCCUCAGAUUAUUUGACCCACAGAUUGUCCAGCAUGGUUGAUAGUCUGAGCCAGAGAAUGCUAUCACAAUUCUUACGGAUUCUGUGUGUCCUGUCUUUUUGCUUUUUCCAAGGCAAUUUCAUAAGUCCUGGUUCCUGUAAGGAAGAGAUGAAGUCACCCAGCAGGACCACAAAGCCGAUGUCACCAUCUGACUUCUUGGACAAGCUCAUGGGAAGAACCUCAGGGUACGAUGCCCGCAUCAGGCCCAACUUCAAAGGUCCACCUGUUAAUGUUACUUGCAACAUCUUCAUUAACAGCUUUGGGUCCAUCACAGAAACAACCAUGGACUACCGCCUGAACGUGUUCCUGCGUCAGCAGUGGAACGACCCACGAUUGGCCUACAAGGAGUACCCUGACAACUCCCUGGACCUAGACCCAUCCAUGUUGGACUCCAUUUGGAAGCCAGACCUGUUCUUCGCAAAUGAGAAGGGUGCCAACUUCCAUGAGGUCACCACGGACAACAAACUACUGCGCAUCUUCCAAAAUGGAAACGUGUUGUAUAGUAUUAGGCUGACACUAAUCCUCUCCUGUCCAAUGGAUCUGAAGAAUUUCCCUAUGGACAUUCAGACCUGCACAAUGCAGCUUGAAAGCUUUGGCUAUACCAUGAAUGACUUGAUUUUCGAGUGGCUGGACGUGAACCCAGUACAGGUGGCUGAUGAACUGAUGCUCCCACAGUUUGUGCUGAAAGAGGAGCAGGACCUUGGCUAUUGCACCAAAAACUACAACACAGGUAAAUUCACCUGUAUUGAGGUGAAGUUCCACCUGGAGAGGCAGAUGGGCUACUACCUAAUUCAAAUGUACAUCCCCAGCUUGCUGAUUGUCAUCUUGUCCUGGGUGUCAUUCUGGAUCAACAUGGAUGCAGCACCUGCCCGGGUGGGCCUGGGCAUCACCACGGUGCUUACCAUGACAACCCAGAGCUCAGGCUCACGGGCUUCCCUGCCUAAGGUGUCCUACGUGAAGGCUAUCGACAUCUGGAUGGCAGUGUGCCUGCUGUUCGUGUUCGCCGCCCUGCUGGAGUAUGCCGCCGUCAACUUUGUCUCACGGCAACACAAAGAGUUCAUCCGACUGAGGAAGAAGCAUCGCAGACAAAGAAUAGAGGAGGACCUGGUACGGGAUGGCCGUGGAUUUUACUUCCGUGGCUAUGGGCUGGGUCACUGCCUACAGGGGAAAGAUGGGUCAGCCGUGGAGGGCACCACCGUGUUCGCUGCCCCAGCCGCCGUGUCCUACUACGACAACGACAGCCUCCGCAAGCGCUUUGUGGACCGGGCCAAGCGGAUUGACACCAUAUCCAGGGCCUUCUUCCCUUUGAGCUUCCUCAUGUUCAACAUCUUCUACUGGAUCACUUACAAAGUUCUACGCCAUGAAGACAUUCAUGCUAACUUGUAACAAUAUUCUUCUUCAGAUGAAAGCAUUGAAACAGACAAUGAAACAUUUCAUAAAACAUAUUUUAGAAAAUUUUUACUACAAUGGAUAAAUAAAAACAAGAUGCAGUAUACAGAAAAACAAUGUGCUCUUAGGAGAUUUCAGGCUCUCAAAGUGAUAAUUCCCAUUCAGAUUGAGACUACAAUGUUGGAUUUCAUCCUCCUAAUAAUUUCAACUCCUAUUUUGAUUGAACAAUAAAAAAGUGAUGUUUAUGAAGUUUUUUUUAAAGAUCUUAAAAUUGCUAAUAAGGAUUGUACAAGAAGGAUUAGCCUAAACUGGUCAAAGGGGCUGGAAAAAUAAUAACUUCUACGAUACACUGUCAGACUGGAUGUUUUUUAGAGAAUAUUUUUACACCUUUGGACUCCUGAAUGAAUAGUGUUGUUUAAAAAAGGAAAUGGGGUCAUCAAGGCACCACCAUGCGUAUAACCUGGUCUGAAUAUUCAUACGAUGUUGAUACAAUGACUCUUCCAACCUGUAGAUAAACAGAAUCAUUUUUUCCUUGUAGAUUAGCAAAAAUACUUUCUGUCUAAAUUUGAAUAAAUUGGGAAUUCCACCAAGACGUUUAUA